GGCUAUCGAAUGACGUCAUUUGAGUAAUCCCGCAGAAGGAAAAAGGAACGCAGAAGAAUUCUAUUCAAUGUUUUAUUUAGGUACAAAGGCAAAAUGGCGGGGAGAUUGAUGGCUCCCGAUCAAAUGACUGAACAUUGUCUGAGUAAUGAUGACUCUACCGCACCGCCAGUGACAAAUAUAAGCCCUUCCUUUAAAAAUGGACCUGAAAAUGAGGAUAUGAAUGUCAAUUCAGUGCACAAGUGUGCUCAAAAUGAUUUCAAAGUCAUUUCCGGCGGGGGAACUGUUUCGCGAGUUGAGAAGAAAAACGCCGGCCUAAUUGUCAACAAAGAGAGGGAUAAAAUUUCUACACAAGAGCCAUUGGAAUUAGCUGAUAGCACACGCAAUAAAAUGGUAUCUCAUCUUGUGAAAACGCAUCCAGAUAAUUCAGACAGUUUUGUGGGAGAUUAUAACCCAAUAUCGCCUGAAACCUCCUCAUCUGAAGUGGCAACAAAUGGUGGUGAAAGCAAUGACAAAGAAGUCAGUCAAAAUGAACAAGAAAUUUCUGAGAGCGAUAUCGAUUAUUUAGAAGACAUGAGAGUCUUUGAGCAGAUGGAUAAUGCAGGCCAGCCAAAAGGACCAAUGGAAUGGAUAAUGAGACAAAUGUCAAUGGAUACUGACCCAAGGGACAUAAUCACUCAUUUAAUACCAGGAGUCAUGGUUCCUAAUCAUCUAGAUGACCUUAGCCUUUGGAAAGGCAUUUGGGAAUUGAUUACAGAACCCAAGGCAAGAACAAAACUCAAUGACGUUAAUACAAUUGAGGAUGUAAUCAAGCUAAUUGAGAAAUCAAAGAAGAUCAUUGUACUCACUGGAGCUGGGGUGUCAGUUUCAUGUGGAAUACCAGAUUUCAGAUCACGGGAUGGUAUAUAUGCAAGAUUGAGCAAAGAUUUCCCAGACUUGCCAGAUCCUCAAUCAAUGUUUGAUAUUCAUUAUUUUCGAAGGGAUCAAAGACCAUUUUUCAAAUUUGCAAAAGAAAUAUACCCAGGCCAAUUCAAGCCAUCCUUAAGUCACAUGUUUAUUGCGGCUCUUGAUAAAAAAGGAAAAUUGCUACGGAACUAUACCCAAAACAUUGACACAUUGGAACAAACUGCUGGUAUUGAGAGAGUGGUCCAGUGCCACGGCUCAUUUGCCACAGCAUCAUGUACCAAUUGCAAAUACAAAGUUGCCUCAGAUGUUAUUCGUGAUGACAUUUUUAACCAGGUAAUACCAACAUGCGAGAAUUGUUCUCCGGAUGAGUCUACUCUGGCUGUAAUGAAACCUGAUAUUAUAUUUUUUGGAGAAGGAUUACCUGAUGCUUUUUAUCAAAAUUUGGAUGUUGACAAACAUGAGGCUGACCUUCUUAUUGUCAUUGGCUCUUCACUCAAGGUCAGGCCAGUGGCUUUGAUUCCAGAUUACCUCAAGCCUGAUGUGCCACAGAUACUAAUAAACCGCGAGCCCUUGCACCAUUUUAACUUCGACGUAGAGUUGCUAGGCAACUGUGAUGCUGUUAUUGCUGAACUGUGUCGCCGGCUUGGAGAAGACUGGAGCGAGGUUGUUCAGGAUUACGUAAUGCCUCCACUUGACAAAGAUGCUAUAGGAAUGAUGUUUGAAUCAAGUUCUGAAAGUGGCUCAGUCCAUUCUCGUGAGACUGUAGAUUUUGACGCUGGUUUGGCAGGAGACGCGAAUGAAAGAACGCCAAGCAAAGACCGUAAUGAGUAUUUUAAUAAAAACGAUUCCUGUUCGGGAAGCAGUGAUAUUAAAGGAAAUGAUAUCAUAGAUAAAAAAGAAUGUUUAGAUAACAGCUCGGUAAAUGUUGACCCUAACCAGGUUAUGGUAGAGGAUGCCUCAGUAGAAGUUAAUAUCAGUCAUAUAAUGGUUGAAGGUGAACCGGUUGAAACAGAUCGGAUCAAGUGUGAAGAUGAAAGCAAAGAUAGCCCUGUUAAUCCUGCUGAAAACAGACAAAGCGAUAUUCUUGCAGCUAACUGCAGCUCAAGGCAAAGCACCAAAGAAAACAUGGAUCCUAAGUUUUUGCCAGAUAAUGAAAACAAUCCCAGGAAACGUGAACUAGAACGGAUUUGUGAAAAAUGCGAAAUGUUGAAGGUCAUUGGGGAUGGAAAAAUGGACGAAAAAAGUGCCACGAGUGAAGUGGAUGUCGUGGAAGAUGUAAAAAUUGAGGCAUCUGCAGAUUCUGGUUUCGUAGGCAGUUGCACAGAAUCGAGUGAAGAUUCAAAUAAUGUGGAAAGGGAACGGCAGUGUACGUGUGGUGUGGACAAUAAAAGAAUGAAGUUAGAACCUGAAUUUAAGGAAGAUGAAAAAAUGACAAAAGAAGAGCCAAGUGGCUCAGAACUAGCCGGUCCUUCAGAUGAGAAGGACAGUAAACAAACUGGGGAAGGUAUUGGCGAGAAAAGAAAGGCAAGGAUAAGCCUACGACCCAGCUCUCCAUCGUUCAACAAAGAGUCUGUAAUGGAAAAAUUCGAGAAUGAAGAUAUUUUCUAUCUGCUUGUUCCGCCGAACCGGUACAUAUUCCAUGGUGCAGAGAUUGAUCGUCACAUUAGUUUCAUGCCAGAAAGUGACUCUUCAAGCAGUCAAGAUGACAUUGGUGGCACAAGGAAGCUUUUGGAAGAGGAUGAUGGUGAGAAUUCAAACGCAACGGUACCAGAGGGUGGCCAGUUGAUGGAACCAAGUGGACCAGGUUCAUCAACAAAGAUAGAAAGUCAAAAGGGACAAUUAUAUGGGGAUGUACCCAGUGCCACUGAUGGAGAAUCUUUAAAUAGCGUUGAAAACCAUGAUGUUCACGAAUCAGAGAAACUGCUUUCUGAGCAAAAUGACGUCACAAAGAGUGUUGGCGAAUCCAAGGUUUCAGAGUUCAAUAAAGCUGGAGCAAGCGCUGUUGUGGAUUCAUAACGCAGACAUUCGCAUUCAAACAUGCCGAUAAAAAUACUUAUCGCAUUUGGGAUUGAGCAGUACGUUGCUGCUUGGAUAGGUUUUUAUGAAAAUUGGUAUCGCAGUGAUGGGAUUAUUUGAAAUUUGAACUGAAUUUUUAAAAUCUAUUGGUACUGUGGCGAUGGUGUGAAGAAUAAUUGAGAAUAUAUUGUUUAUGAAUUGAAUUUCACGAACUUAUAGGAUUUUAAAUGGCCUAGCCAAAGACAAAUGCAUGACAGAAAUUGGGAAAAAUUCAUUGGAGAAGCAAGGGUUGCUCAAUGGGCAUCUGUGAAAUGUGACGGAUAUAAAAAACAGACGUUUUUAACAACAUUCUUUAAAGUAUUUAUUAUCGUUUAAUCAUAAAGAUUAUUAAUAACUUAUAGUCAUGCAGUAUUUUGCCAUUUAUAUGCAGUGAAAAUUACACGCAGAUGGUUUCAUUAAUUGAUAUUUUCAGUCGAUCAUUUUUGCAAAAUUUAUCGAAAAUACAUUCAUUAUAUAAUUUAUAUUUUCUUCCAAGGCGAGUAAGCCAGACGGCACAAGCUUUGAAUAUUACUCCGCACACAUUAUAAAGAUCUCGCCUCUCUGGUAGAUCUCAAGUUAGGGGAACCUCUUGAACCACAAUAAUUUUUCUUAAGAAUUACCUGAAGUUUUCAAAGCCGAACAGAGCCCCUCAGGGUUGAGAUGACAGGAAUGGAAUCUAUCAAAAUGGGGGGUUUUCUUUGAUCCCUUCAGUGAAGGUCAAUAUAAAUUUGGUUGAAGAGCGCAGGUCUCAAGAUAUAUUGAAAGUGAGGCACCUUCAAUUUGCCCCCCUUAGCCCCUUUUUUACCUCUUUCACCUUUGCUUGUGUUUGAUGCACCCACUUUAGGUAUGAAUGAGAUUUUACAUAUCGUGGGAAAAAUUCAUCCUAACUUUUGUAGUGAAGUGCAAAAUAUUUGCAGAUAAUUUGUUUCUGGGGAAAGUUGGGUGUGAAUUAUGACGAAAUUUUUCUGUUUGAGACUAUAAGUAGUUUUAUAAUUAUCAUUUUAUAUAAUUAUAAUCAUUAUGGAAUUUAAUAUGAUGGCUCAAAUUAUUACCAAGAAGAGGAUGGAAAUUUGACGUUAGCUCCUUAAGUCGGUUGUAAAUUCCAUUUUCAAUUUCAAUGAAUUAGUUGAUAAUUUUAGUGAAUGCAUAAUUAGUAAAUCCACCAGUCUGGAAAGCUUUCGUCAAGAAGUUUAAUCAGUAAAACGUGAAUGCAGUUAUCUUCCAUCACUAGAGCUUGUUUGUGGCCAACAAACUUCAUUAACUCUAGAUAAAAAUCCUGAGGAAAAUUAUUCUUUGCAAAUGUCAAGAACUAGUAACCAUCAUGGUUUUGAUGAUGUCUAAGUUUUUAAUCAAUUUUUUACAACCAACCAAUCAAUUUCAAAACCAUUUUUAAGCUCCCUGCAAAUAUUGAAUUUCAAGACCCCUCUUUUUAAUUGUAGCAGAGUGUCUGCACCCACAGGGUAUUAAUCAACCAUAU